AUGCGUCCCGCCGCUGAACUCAGACCGUCAUACCGGGUGCAGAUGCACAUGCAGAUGCAACAGCAACAGCAACAUUACCAGCACCAGCACCAGUCUGGAUCGGAAUAUGACGAACAACCCGUUUCCCGGACUUAUCAAUACAGAAAGGUUAUGAAACCGCUGUUGGAACGGAAACGCCGAGCCCGGAUCAACCGGUGCCUGGACGAACUCAAGGAUCUGAUGGUGGUCACGCUGCAGGCCGAGGGCGAGAACGUCAGCAAACUAGAGAAGGCCGACAUACUGGAGCUGACGGUCCGGCACCUGCACAAGCUCAAGCGACACAACGCGCUUGGGCUAACCGGCGUCGACUCGGUUUACGCCGACAAAUUCCGCGCCGGUUUCGCGCACUGCGCCACCGAGGUAUCCAACUACCUGACUUCCGACGUCCGGUCGCCGCCCGUCGACCCGUCCGCCGGUGUUAAGCUCCUACACCACCUGGGCGCCUGCAUGCGCAAAAUCGACGUCGACUCCAACCGACCAGCUUCCGGUCCGGUCGCCACCGCCGCCACAACCGCCGACCAGUACAGGCCGUACACACCGCCGUCCACACCCGGAAGCGAGCUCAAAGAAGACCCGAAUUCCGUCUGCUGGAGACCGUGGUAA